AUGGCAAUUGCUUGGAAAGACGCACAGGAGGUAUUGGAGGCUGCCUCCGACCCCCAGAAGCUGACGGAAAUAGCUGAAAAGCUCUCUACAGAAGAGGAGAAAGCGUAUUCAAGAAGUUUAAUAGAAAGCGAAAAAGAUGAACCUCUACUCAAGCCAAACCCAAGACGAUGGGUGGUUCUGCCUAUUCAAUAUGCAAAAGUAUGGGAUAUGUAUAAGAAAGCAGAAGCUUCCUUUUGGACUGCAGAAGAAAUAGAUAUGCAUGCAGACCUCACAGACUGGGCUCGUCUCGAUGAAAAAGAACAACAUUUUAUUAAACAUGUUUUAGCUUUCUUUGCUGCUAGCGAUGGUAUUGUGAUGGAGAACUUGGCGGAGAGGUUUAUGUCGGAGGUACAGAUCCCUGAGGCCCGCAGUUUCUAUGCUUUUCAGAUUGCAGUAGAAAACAUUCAUUCAGAGACGUACAGUCUUUUGAUCGACAACUACAUCCGAAGUGACGCGGAAAAGGAUCAUUUGUUCAAUGCAAUUCAGAAUAUUCCGGCGGUUGCUGUGAAAGCUGCAUGGGCGGCGAAGUGGAUAAAUAAAACGAAAUCAUUUGCGGAGCGUCUCGUAGCUUUCUGCUGCGUCGAAGGAAUUCUUUUUUCGGGUUCUUUCUGCGCUAUAUUCUGGCUGAAAAAACGCGGACUUAUGCCGGGUCUGACGUUUUCAAACGAAUUGAUCAGCCGUGAUGAAGGUCUUCAUGCAGAUUUCGGAUGCCUCAUAUAUUCAAUGCUAAAAAAUCGACUUUCUAAAGAAGUUUUAAAUAAAAUCGUCAAAGAAGCAGUUGAAGUUGAAAAAGCGUUUAUUUGUGAUGCUCUUCCCUGCGAUCUCAUCGGCAUGAACAGCGCGUUAAUGUCGCAGUAUAUUGAGUUUGUUGCUGAUCGUUUGCUGACUUGUUUGGGGGGAGAAAAAAUAUUCAAUUCGCGUAAUCCUUUUGACUUUAUGGAUUUAAUUUCUUUACAAGGAAAAACAAAUUUCUUUGAAAAACGUGUUGGUGAUUACCAGAAAGCGGGGGUUAUGGUGCAGAACAAACUCGAUCAAACUUUCUGCCUCGAUGCAGAUUUCUAA